AUGCGGAUUGAAACUUGCUACUUCUGCUCAUCUCCCAUUUAUCCCGGUCACGGAAUUCAGUUUGUAAGAAACGACUCCACAAUAUUCAAGUUUUGUCGGUCAAAGUGCAACAAGCUGUUCAAGAAGAAACGUAAUCCAAGAAAGCUUCGCUUCACCAAAGCGUCCCGUCGUGCCCGUGGAAAGGAACUUAUUAACGACGUAACACAACUUAUGGAACAGCGAAGAGAUGUACCGGUAAAAUAUGAGCGUGAAUUAUUUAAGAACACAGUAGAAGCUGCUAAGGUGGUGUCAACGAUCAAACAUAAGAGGUACGCCAACCUUAUUCGAAAAUCCCUGCAACCUGGUAAAAUUGUGAAGAAGGUUGGUAUGAUCAAGAAGGCUGAGACGAAGUUGCAUCUUCUCAGGGCCCCUGUGGCCAAUAAAUUGCCAGGCAAACAAAAGCAAGAGCAAAAGGAGCAAGCUAUGGAACUUAAUUAA